AGUGACAAUAUAUUGACAGACGAAGUGUAGGUUCUUUUCUUUCAACUGCUCGUUCAAGAAAGUUGUUCCUUUUGUGUAUUUCGCGUUUCGUGUCGAAAACUGAAGACUUAAACAUGCGUUACGUGGCUGCAUAUUUGUUGGCGGUUCUUGGAGGAAAGGAUAGUCCUGCUAAUGCUGACCUCGAAAAAAUCCUCAGUUCUGUUGGUGUUGAAGUCGAUUCAGAUCGUUUGACGAAAGUCAUUAAAGAACUAAGCGGAAAAAGUAUUGAAGAUUUGGUAAAGGAAGGUCGUGAAAAGCUUUCUACCAUGCCCGUUGGUAGUGGUGGAGUUGCCACACCGGCUCCUGGUGCUCCAGCUCCUGCAGGUUCUUCCGACAAAAAGGAAUCAAAGAAAGAGGAAAAGAAGGAGGAAUCGGAAUCUGAGGACGACGACAUGGGUUUCGCUCUCUUCGAAUAAGCAAAACGUUAAAAUUGUGUACAUUUUGCAAAACAGUUCUGCUUCGUUGAAAAUAUUCCAUGUUUUUUAUUAAAGAGCACACUCAAAAGCAAAAACGCUCCAAAUAAAAUUGUAUCACUAGAUAUAAUAUAUCCUUGGAAUAUAAAUGUGCAGAGGUUUACUUGAUGUACAAGAUAAUUUAACAAUAAAACAAAGCUAUCCUA